AUGGCCUCGGAUGCGGUGUUCAAACUCCGGCCAUGCUAUUCAGACAUGGAAUACAUGCAUAUAUCUUUGCUUGAAUGCUGCCUGCAAGCAGACAAGGAAGAUCCUCAUCAUGUUGUGAAACCUGUGCGAGGUAUGGAGCGCAAAGUUGAGCGCCUGCUUCGCUUUCUACGCCUGCCCAUUCACCGCCUUAUCAUUACUGAUGAUGUUGAUUCAUCUGAGCUUACUGCUGCAAUCCAUUCCGCUCCUAUUUCCUUGCAGAUGGAAAGGCCUCCCAUUUUAACCAGUCGAGCUGCAUUUUUUAAAGACAUUGUAUGCUCCUGCCAUUCUUUAGAGCUGCCCCCGCUUUGUUGGUCACGCCUCAUGACAACCGCAGAGAAGGAUGGUGCCUUUACUCCUCUGGAUCCUAACCAUGAUCAUCAUGCCAAUACAUUUCCCCUUCAUCUCUGUUCUGCCAUCUUGUAUUCAUUUCACAAGUCACUGAAGCAACCAAAGCAUGGUUUUAUAUCUCCGUUGACUCUUACAUUCUCAAAAGCAUUGCCCUAUUUUCCAGAUAAAAUCUAUAAUCAUAUUCUCACCAUACUUUCCCAGUUUGUUGGGGAUCUACCAUUGGAUGACUCAUUGUUGAGAAAACACUGGAGGGUGUUUGCAGUAGCCAUCAAAUUCCUACUUCACAGGCUUUCUCUUCCUGAAUCUGAUAUGUCAUAUACAACCAUCCUUGCCUCAUUAACUGUUGCAGUUGAGGGGAUCUGGCAGGAAAAGUUCUUGUCCCAGGAAGCUAACACCAUCACAACAGUGCUUGAAGGCAUUCUUGUUACUUGUGCCACAAUAGAAUGUGAUCCAUGCAAUGUAGAGUCACUGGAUAAGCUACAUCACACUACUAUUAGAGCUUAUUGGCAUUUACUUCGCAUCUCUCCUUCUGCUUGCUCUGAGCCUGGUCUUCAGGUGAUGGUUGAUUUUAUGACUGUCAACUGGGAACAGCACCUUCAGUUUGACUGCUAUGAAUCUGAUGAAGUAUGCUGGGCUCUGGCCAGGCUUCUUGCAAACCAUGUUCCUGCAGCUUAUGCUGUAUUCCAUGAAAGGCAAUGUCUGGACUUUUUUGGGAGUCAUACAUUUCAUGAGGCAUCUAUUCCAGUCAUUAGUGAAUACAUUGCUGGAAUUUCUGCCAUGCAGCAUGGAUUAGUUGGAAUCAUAGACAAGAGCAUUCUUCAGAAGUAUGUUAAUCAACUCUAUGAAUCAUGCCAUCUUUUUACUGCAUGCUUGAUCUUGGCUACGUAUAGUGCUAAAGACAGUCAUCAGACUGUCAUUCAUAACAACAUCACUUCACUGGUGCAGCUUUGUCCACAUGACACUGUCUGGAAUGAGUUUUAUGAUGGUGCAGACUUCUUCACUCAACAGCGUAUUCCUGUUUCUCCAUCUGGUAGUCGCCAGUUGGAAGCAUCAGAAAUUAUGAUUGAAAAGGACAAUAUCAGAUAUGCAAUUGAAGUCCUUAAAGCCUUUUCUGAGGAUGUACACAGUGGUCAAAGAUUCACACUGCCAAUAUUGGGAUGGUGUAUUGGUCACAGAUGGAAAAAUAAUACAGAGAGUGUGUAGCAGGUUUAGUUGAACUUAGAGACAACAUCUCUGGCCUAGUGUAUUAGUAUAUUUGUUGUCCAGCAGUUCUACACAGUAGGUGUAUAAUAUUUACUCCCAGACAUUUUAUUCAGUUCAAUCCAAGUCCAAUCAGACAAGAAAUGCUUGAUAGACAAAUAAAGUACAACAAUGAGUUUAUUGUUCUCAAUGACAUGCUACCUCCAAAAAAAAAA